AUGGUCCGUAUAACGAUGCAACCACAACCGUCCAACUAUUCGUACGUGUUUGACUUCGAGGAAAAUUUCGAGUACGAGUCGACCCGGAAAUGGAUGGCCGCCAAUUGGACCAACGGUUUCUACUACUGCACUAUAUACGCAUUGGUGGUGUUCGGCAUCCGGCGGUUGAUGCGCAACCACACUGGCUUCCGGCUCAAGGGAUUGCUUAUCCUGUGGAACACUAUGUUGGCCACGUUCAGUCUGGUUGGAUUUUCACGGACGGCACCUGAACUUUUCCGAGUGCUCAACAAAUACGGCUUACACCAUUCGGUGUGCGUCACAAGGUAAGCCCACGUGUUCUGUUUUUCUAUGCGUUGCGUCCUAUCUAAUCUUUGGACCCCCUUUCCCCAUGUCACCCCUCCGCCUAUUGGCCGUGAGCCCGAUGACACCACCUACUCGUAUUGUGUUGUGUCGACCGGUCGUGCUUGAAAGGCUGAUGAACUGUCGAUGCACUGAUAACACAGUUGACAGUUCUGGGUAUAUCUCCAAUUUUUUAUUAUUCGUCUCUUAAUAGGCAUUCUAAACAUAUCUCUAAACGUAUUAAUAAAAUAUUAUUUUGGUGUUGGAAUCGUAGGUAUCUAUUUGCUUUAGUGUAUCAUGUUUUAUGUAUCGCUACAUACAAUUGUUUUUAUAUUUUCUAUAAUAGACACCACGUAGUUUUAUAAUAACAAAUUUUUUUGAUAUUAUUUGGUACAAAAGUUUAAAGUUUUACUCAACACGUUGUUAUACCAAAUUGAUCCUAUUGAUAAACUUGUUAUGUUACUUUUAUUUAUUUUGUGAAAUAUUUCUAUACAUCAGAUAACCUCUGGUUUAUAAUAUUUGUUUUUAAAGUCUGUUCCUUGAAAAUAAUUACAAGUAUCUAUGUGUAGGCCACUGGUUAUUUACUAAUUUGAAAUUAAUUUUAAUUUGGUACCUAGUUAUGCAUGAUAAUUAUAAAUUCAGCUAUGAUUGAAUUCAUAAUGUUCUGUUUAUUAUUAUUAUCCUAAUUAACAACAUAUUGAGAUAUUAAAUCAGUAAUUGUUGGGAAAAAUCAUGAUAUUUUGGGGUCUGGUGUACCUAUACAAUAAUCAACAGUGAUUUACCCUAUCUUUAUGUUUCAUUAAUAUGUACAUAAUAACUGGCUAUUAUUAUAGGUAGCUACAGGGCUUGAUUAACCAAUAGGUUGAAAAAGCUUCUAAAGCGCUUUUAAAAGAGGGGGGGGGGCGAAACAAAACAAUUUUGUUUUUAUGACUUCUAAAACUCGUAAUCAGUGACCUUCUUUGUGGGCUAUGCAAGAAUUUAAAAGGAGAGGAUUGGUGAAAUUUGGUGAUGAGAAAAAAAAGUUUCACCACCGAAUCAUUGCAAGUUUAGUGGUGGCAAAUCCAUUAAUCAGGUCCUUGGUAGGUACCUUUACCUAGAACAUAAAUAAUAGGAUAAGAUUGAUGAGGUAAUUUUUUAACGGAUUUUUUUUGAUUAGUGAUUUAAAAGAAAAACUAUGGGCAAUUUUAUUUGUAUUUAUUAGAUAGGUACCUAUCAUUACAUUUUUUUUAUCUAUAUUCUAUACACUUCUAAUUAGCAUUAUUUAAUUAUUAAUUAAUAUAUUAUAUGCGUAGGUACUUUAAUUAUCAAUGUAUUUUUGACAAGUAUAGGCAUUCAGACUUAAUAAUAUACCGAGUAAUAUACUGAAUGUAGACUUUGGCUUAGUAAUGAUUAUUAAUAUGUUUCGUAUAGUGAUCUAGUAUUAAUAUUAGCAUGGUUAUUUGCUUAUGCUGUGUAAGAGUAAUCAAUUUCCCUAGUUAUUUAUUAUUCUUGAUAAACUCACUUAUAAAAUGUUUGUUGGAUCAAACGGGUUGCCCAUUAGGUAGGUAUGCAAUAUAUUAGUUGUUUCAAAACAAGUUUAAUUUAAUAGUAUGCAAAAUUAGGUUGUCUUGUUUAUGUCUUCAAUAAUUUCAUUAGAAAUAUACUCUUUUAACACAAAUCGUAAAUUAUUUGUUUCUGUAUCAUUAGAAUACUAAUUAAUACAUGGCGGUAUAAACUGAUAGGUACUUUAAUAUAAAUUUGUUUAAAAGUUAAAAGCUCUUGUAAUAAUUUUAAAUCUAUAACAUAUACCUAGCUACUUUUCCAAAUAAUAUUUUUUAUUGAAAUAAAACAAAACUAUAUUUUGCUUGGUAUUAUCUAUAUUCUUAACUAGGUAGGUUAUUAUUAUAGGUUUUUUAAGUACAGUGAAUUUUAUAUUCCAUAACCUACUAAAUAAAUGAUUUAACCUAUUUCUCAUAGGUUUAAGAAAUGUUUAAGAUAAAUUUGUGUUUAUGUUUAAGAUAAUUUUUCAUUGACAAUUUAUAUUUUAUAGGUACCUUCCUGAUAUUAAAAAAAGUAAUUUUUCUAAUUAUUUAUCAUUAGGUGGAUAUAUUAUGGGUGCCUAAGUAAUAUUUAUAUAUUUUUUUUUUGUAAAAAUAACAGUACUUUAGUAUAAUUUUAAAUAAUAUAUUUGACUCAAUAUUUUCUGCUUUCUUUAAAUGAUUAAAAAAAUACAUGUGUAUAGGCAUAAAUAAGAUAACUGAACAAAUUAAAAUUAAUAGGUAGGUACCUAAUAAAAAAAACUAUUAGGGUUUGACGUCAAUCAAUUUUUAUUUGUAAAAUAAUUAAUUAUUAUUUAAUAAUAUAUUAUACAAUCUAUGUAUAAUUAGAAUAGUGUUUUCUGCCAAAUUAAGAGCUAGGUCAAUUUUAUACAUUAUUUUUCUUAUCAAUUUACCAAGUAUUAUCAAACAUUGAUACCUAUACGGAUAUAAUUAGGUUCAAUAUUGCAUUGGUAUAAAAAUUAGAUACUUAUUUUAAAUGUGUUUUUUUGGUUGACAGGAUUUGUAUUUUUUUAUUACCUACUUAUCUAAUUUAUAUUGUAAAAUAUAUUUAAUCCCACAAUUAAUGUAAUGUACCUACCUAAUAUUAUUAGAGUUUAAUUUUAAAUAGGUACAAAACAUUAAUUUAAAAUAAAUAAAUGGGUUUAAUAAUUUACACUAGUACCUUUGCUGUUAUUGUAUUAUAAUGAAUUAUAGCGCAUAAUAUAAUAGUAACAAGGUAGUUGACAAGGACUGUUAAAUUUAGAUAAUAUUGUAUAUAGUCUAUUAAGCACCCGUAGAUACCUACAACAAAUCAUAAAUUACUCUAGCUAUAAGCUAGUAUGUACCAGUACACAAUUAGGUAAUUUGGUUAUUGUAUGUAUGUAUCUAUAAAUUUUUAUCGUUUCUAAACAAUUUAAAUCAUCUUUAAUGCUUCUGCUGUUUCCAUUGAAUUUAAGUCAAUAUUUCGUUUUUAUAGUUAAAUACACAAUAAUAAAAAACAUUUUGUACCUAGGUAUAAAUAAAAAUAUUGCAGGUACUUAUAAGAUAUCUUGACUAGUUGACUACCACAUUUAUUUUGUUACCUACCUAAUUAUAUUUUAUUAGUCCUUAGAAUAGUUAUUGAAUAUACUUAAUAUUGUGUUUGAUCUAUUUUAUGGCACAUUGAUGUAUAAUAAAAUAUUAAUUUCAAUAAAUCGUGAUAUAUUACUUUCUAUCACAUAUUAUUUUUACUCAAUUUGCUAAAAAUGUGACAAGAUUCUUUUUGGAGUUUCUGAAAAAAAAAAAUAAAAAAAAAGGUUUAUAAUACUAAUAAUAUAAUUAAUAACCUAUUCAUAUGAUCAAAAAAAAAAAUUAUUUAGGUACCUAUUUGAGUACAAUGGAUACUUAUUUAUAUUUAAUAAACAAAUACAAUUACCUAAUGGUUUUUUUAUUUUCAAAUAAAUAUUUUUAUAUUAUGUACCUAAUUGUAAUACAUUAUUACUUAUUAAAUUUUGAUUAGCAAUUAAUUUUGAUACCACUGGCGUCAUUGAAAUUAAUUCUGUAACAGUGUAAUACAAUCGUGUACGAUUGUAAGUACCCAUGACUAACACAAGUUCUAUAUGAUUAUUAUUAAACAUUUGUCAUUCUCCAAUACAUUUUCUUAUUGAUGGGUGUGUGUAAGGUACUUGGCCAUUUUUAAUUUUGCUAAUUUAGAUAUAUUUUAAAUUUAGUUGACAAGUCAACAUACGAAUAUUUCUUACUAGAGAUGUAAUCGUGAAAAUGUUAUUUCUAUGUAUUUUACUAAAAUAAUUAUUUUUUGAAAUUACAACUAUUGGUAUUAUUUAAUUAAGAAUUAAAACACCAUAAAGAUUAACUAAAAUUAAAAUUUAUACCUUCUAUACAUGUUGAAUAACAGUAUAAUAAAUACAAUAUAUUUAUUAAUUAUAAAUUGUUGUGUCUAGUGGUCAUUAAUUUGUGAUUAUUAGUUAUUAUGAAACAAGUCUUUUACAUGUAAAGAUAUAAUUUAAAUUAUUUAAAAUAAUUAAUUAAAGAAAGGUUCACACUACACCAUGUCGGUGUCGUGUAAAAUAAUUUUAUCCAAUUGGCUGAACCACGUAGUUCCAUUCAGUUGUACCACAUGGUGUAUUCUUAUUUUAUCACACGAUACCACAGUGACCAAACGAUACUGCUUUAGUUGAAUAUAUUCAACUCUUGACCGUGUGGGUAAAUUUAUUUACGAUGUGUAGAAAAGCUUCUUUACAUCUUGCAUUUAUUUGUAGACAAAUUAUAACUAAAAAAAUUACAAAAUAUUAUCAUUGGGUACAAUAUUAAUACAAAUAUUACUAUAUAUUAUUACCACAAAUUUAUUAAUUUAAUAAUCUUUUGUAAACCAAGUUUUUUUUCCUCUCACCGAUUCGAUUUCUAUUAUAGUACGUACGAGUAUACGGAACAAGUAUAAUAUAGGACAGCCAAUCGUGCGAUUGGAUUGUUUAGCGCGUUCAUCGUCGUGAACUUUAAUAAAAAAUCAUUCUAAAAAUACUUUUCUUUACGCACGGGGAAUUUGAGCUGGUGUAAUACUAUUUGUAUAGGUCAGAGGAUAAAUCACUCACGGAAAUCAGUGUUCAAUUAAUGUUUGGUAAUCAUAGAAAUCUUUGAUAAUCUUAAUAGGUACCUAAUAAUUUGGAAAAUCUUAGUAUCCCGGAAUUUGGUACACAAUAUUAAACAGUGAUUGUAAAUCACUCAAUGUGUGUAUGUAUGGUUACUUGGUAUAAUGUGCAUUGUUACUUAUAAUAUGUAGGUUUUUAAUGUGGUUCGCAUACGAAAUGAACUUGUAUAAAAGAGUUCACAUUUAAAAAUUGUUAAUAAUAAUAACUAAGGCAGAGGACUUGUAGUAUUGAAUAGUCAUCAAAUAUGUACUUAAAUUCUCAAAAUAUGCACCAAACAUGUACAAUUUGAAAUUAAAAACAAGAUUUUUUUUAGUUAACAGUUAUAACUUGCAGAUUCUUCUUCCAAUUUAACAAAUAACGAAAACAAAUAUUUCUGUUUUAGAUAAGGUAACACUAUCGUUUAAGGGACCUUCAGACACGUAAUUUUUCAAUUACGAAGAUAAUGAAAAUUUAACAUAGGGCAUAUUUUGUAUAAUAAUGAACAAUUUUAACAAUAAAAAUAAAUCGCAAACAGAACGCGUAGUCAACCUUUUAGAAACAGUGACACAAAAUUACACUGAAAUCGGUGUUAUAAGCACGGGUCGUGUGGCGUAUGAAACGUUAAGCGCAUGAUAACACACCGUAACCAAUUAUUAUCUAUCUAUAUAAAAAAAAAAAAAAAAAAAAAUGGAAAUUUAAUCUAAUCAUGGACUUCAAGAGUUUCUAGGAAAAACCCUCGUUCGCAAACGAGUCGACAAUCAUAUUAUUAAACAAAUUACUAAAUUAAUUAUUUAGUCAAGUUAUUAAUAAUAACUAUAAUUAGGUUUUAAUAUUUUUUAUUACAUAACAUAUGAUAAUAAUUACAAAUAAAUCCAAUAAUAUUAUUUCGGUUAUAAUUACGGAAUAAAAAUGUCGCUAGGGAAAAUAAUGAUAGCAUUUUUAAUUUAAUGAAAUACGUCUCAACACAUUUAUUAUGAUUUAUAAAAUAGGAAGAUUGAAAUAAUAUACCCUAAAAUUAAAAAAAAAACUUAUAAUUUGUAUUUGUAUGCAAAAUAAAAUUAGCAAUUGGUAAUAUAGCUUUGUUUUAGCAUAAAACGUAUUUUCUUUUUAUUCUGCUAAUUAUUAGUGUAAAUCAAAUAUGCAAAUGCUAUUAAUAUCUUUUUUUUUUUGACAAGGUUUUAAUUUUUAAUGAUAUAAAACCAGUACAUUACAUUAUCAAUGAGAGGUCAAACAAAUUAGUUUGUAUUUAUAUACUAUUUACAUUUCAGAGUAUUUUUUACAUUGUACAAAUUUAUGACAGGUUGGGGAUUUAUUAAUUUUAUUGACGGAUCUAACGGUUUUUUUAUUUCGUAUAAUUAACUAUUUAAAAUUUGUUAAUUGGGAACAAGGAAAAAAAACGUAACUGAUAUACCACUACAUUCAGAAUUGUUUUUCGUUUGCAAUAAUUUAUGUAUAUAGUGCGGUAAAUUACAUGAACUCUAAAUUACUAAAUGUAACUAAAUUAUCCUAUAUUUCUUCUCAACUACCCAUCUACAAAAGUAGCUUGCCCGUGAGAAGUAUCAUUAUUUUAUUUUUAUGACAGUGAUAAUUUUUUCAUACGAAUAACAUGAAAUAUUCGUCCAUUCAGUCAAUACUAGAUAACGUUUGUCAUUUAUUUCAAUGGACAACUUCGUAGAUAAACAAAAGUUUGGUUUAAAUUUUACAAAAAGUUGAUUUUCGUGUUCAUAAAUUGACGUUUGAUUACCAGAAUAAAUAUUGUAUCGAUACAAUUGCUAUUAUGUGUGUUCGUAGUUCGUAUACGUUUCAUAACCUAAAUGAGGCGCCUAGAACACAAGGGGUAUAAGUGACAUUUUUAAAAAAUCUGAGUUUAGAGCACAACUGAACUAAAAGUAUUCUAUUUUAUUGUGUGGUAAAGAAAUAUAAGAAAAUUAUUCGACAUAUGCUGCGAUCUAGUAAUAAAUACUAGAUUUGAAUAGUUGUAUUAAAUACAAAUAAUUUUAAACUUGAUUUUCUCGAAAUUAAAAGAAUGUCAUUUAUACUCCUUGUGUUCUAGGCGCCUCAAAUGUUGAAAUCAAUUUAAAAGAUAAAAGAACAUGCAACUAUUUCAAUUAUUCUUUCGUUAAUAGUUUUAUAAUCUAAUGUUUUAAAUUUAUUUGUCUAUUACUAUUUAUUCAUGCAACUAUUAUUUUCAUAAGUAUUCUUAUAUACACUAUUGUUACAAGAGUGCAUUACAUACAUUUUGUUGGGCGUAUGAAAAAAAAAAAAAUAAAACCAAACAAAACACGUUCAAUGCAUACGACCAUAUGCAUAUUGGAGAUGUAAGCUUAAAACUUUCAGUUUGUUUCCCCCACAUAUUAUGUGUUUGCUUAUGGUAUAAAAUAUGUUUGUUAAUCGUGUAAUAGUUUUAUAUCGGCUUUUUGUAUGUAAAACUCUUAUUAUUUCUCCUUUUGAAAUCUGUCAAAUCGUCUCGUCGAUUCACCGAUUUCUGAUGGUGUACACGGGAAUUAAAAAUAAAAAUAUAUUUAUAUUUAUAUAUAAUAUUAUUCACUCGUGUUUAUUUUAAUAACAAUUUGAUUCAAUUUAUUUUGGUAUAUAGAAAUUAUUUUGGUUGUUGCAUAACUCCAUAAUUAUUAUCGCGUCUACUCGAAUUCGUACAUCAGUAGCCCGCCCGUGACUUCCUGUUAUAAUUUACUCAGAAUAUUGUUAUUGUUUAGACAGAAUAAACCGAAUUUUUGUCAAUUUUGCAUUUUUUUUUUUGAAAUUUAUAAUUGGAACAUUUUGUCUUCUUGCAAAAAAAAAAACGUAAGCUUACUAGUAUAUGAAUAUUAUUCGGUUGGGCGCACGCGCGAUUAUAGGAGAUAACACAAAACAUCUUUAUAGGUACAUGUAAACAAAUAGUAUAUGCGAAUAUAUUCUAUGAUAAUUUAUUCUUUGAGAUAUUCGUAUCUCGUAAAUAGUAAUUUGUUAUCAAUUUCACAUUAUAAUGUCAAGCGUUUUAAAUCUAAAAUCGUUUACAAAAGCCUUUGAGAGGUUCGCAUACAGCAGGCAUGUCAAACUACUAAGUAUCAAGCGGACCAAAUAUAUAUAUUUAUGUAUAUAUCACCUAUAUAAAUAAUAAUAACAAUACAUAUAUAGUUGUUUACUAAGCACAUAAGAACAUUUAACGAAAAAAAAAUUGUGUACACAUUUUUCAAUAUUAUUCUUUAGUCUUUACGAACACAACAGGUAUACAAUUAAAUUAUUUGUAAGUAUUUUUAAUAAUUUAUUAAAUUUCAUUUCAAUUGCAUAAAAAAAAAUCAUAUUAGUUAUUUACAUGAAAUAGGCGUAUUAUUUAAAUUACAAAAAAAAAAUCUUGUUAAUAAUCCUCUGUUGACGAUAUUUCGAUAUUUGACAUCUCUUUCCUGCCACGAAUUUUUCUAUUUUGUGAGAAAUUUUAUCGGAUGAAACCACUUUUUAGGUUGAAUUUAGAUGCGUGCCGGUUGAUCUGAAUCCAACGGGCGUUUCAUUGCCGUUCGUUAAUAGUACGCAUUAUAACGUAUGGCGUUGCGUGUACCGUAUCUCCGUCGUUGCGAAAUAAUUAUUUAUCAACGUUUUUAUACGGAAAAACCAUUUUUAUUUUUUAUUUUUUUGUAAUAACUUAAGCUGUGACGUAGCGUUUUUAUUUUUGAGCUGGUACAAAAAGAUUUAAAAAAAAAUUCAAAGUUUGUAAAUAUUUUAAGUUUUUUGUUUAUGAAUAUAAAAUUAUUGAGAAAAGUUAUUGGAAAAUGUAAAACGCCGCUACCUCGAUCAAUUAUAAUUAUUAACAAAAUGGUUCUGUUACUCGGCAACUGUUUUUACACUCAAAUUACGGGUGUAUCUCUUAAUGAUAAUAAUAGUUGCUCAUAUUGAUAAGUACAUUGAAAUAAUUUUAUGUUCAAAUCUAUACAAAUUUCUACAUAUCGUAAUCGCUCGUAAUUGUAAAAAUCAAGCAUACUUACCUAAUUAAAUUUGUUUUUUUUUAAUUUUUAAUUUUUUUUUAUUUGAAUCAUUUUGAAUCUUGGUUAAUUUCAUUGCCUCAUAAAUAUUAAAUUCCAUAUCGCAAGCACGAAAAAUCACAGUUAACUGAGCUGUGCCAAUAUCUUUACUUUCAUUAUAAGCAAUUGGAAAAUACUCGAAACUUGGUACUUUGAUUUUAAUCUGAUUACUUAAAUUGCAUGUUAGAUAAAUUAUUCUUUCAGCAAUUGUAUUUCAUGUUAAUAAAAUGUUUUGAAAAGUUUUUAGAUUUCUGAAACAAAUAAUUUCAGCAGUUUCAAUCAAACACGUUUUUAUAAAAUCACCUUCAGUGAACGAUUUCGAAUGUAUAGCAAUUAACUCUGACAAUAUAUAAUUAGCAUAUAGCUGCAUCUUCACUUUUUUGUAAUGUUUUACUAAACAUUAGCCGUUUUUUAUAACCAUUUAAACUAUUUUAGUUUUUCUUGUCUCGGUAUUCCUUAAUCGUAUUUUGACUUAAAUUGUUCGUAAUGUCGCUUACUGUUAUACAACUUUGGAACACUAAUAAUACAUAUAUAUAUAUAUAUAUAUACAUUCAUACGUAUAUACAUAUUAAGCAAAUUAUUUUAUAACUAAUUUUACUGCAAAAUUAUUAUUUCCGAUUUUCUUGACAUUAAUGGCGUUCAUCGGUAAUUUUUCAUUUAUUACUACUAACCUAACCUUACCACUUGGUUUUGAUAGAGAUAUUUUUGACUGUUUAAUUUACGGAAUAAUCUAACAACAAAGUACACACAUUACAAAAUUCAUACUGGAACACACGGUGGCUGUCGAACGACUAGAUUAGAUGUUGACAAUGGAAGAGGCACGCGUGUUGCGUACCGAUGAUAAUAUCACUACAUUAAUUUAUUAUAUAUAUAUAUAUAUAUAAAAACAUCAAUAUUACUUAUUUGAUUUCAAUUUAUCAGAAGAGAUAAGACAGUAAAAUAAUGUAUACUAAAUAUACAUCUCUAACCUAAACUCUGAGAUAGUUCCGACACGAAAUAAAUAUUUUAUUUUAUUUUUUAUUUUGUCUAUUAUUAUUGGUAGCCGCGAACCACAAAAAAAAUUAGCCGCGUGUUUACCAUGGUACACAGUAUAAUAUAGUCAACCGUAGGCCAAAGAGCUGAACCGGUAUAAUUUAACGGGACAAUUUAAUUGACUUGGUGUUCAUAUUUUUUUAUUGUAUCUAUUCGUGCCGCGCAUUAACAGUAGGUAUGCGUUUUACCAUAGUUUAUAAUGGUUUGAAUUACGUGCAGUCUGGUUUUGUUGAACAUAUUUUUUUUAUCUGCCAUAUUUCAUAUUUUAAUUGUAUACGACGCGCGACGUCGUUCGAAUAUAUAGAUACAGUAAGUACCGUAUUUUUUUCGCCAACCUUCAACAACAAUAAUAGUAUAAUUAUUGUUAACAUUUUAUACGUUUAUCGAUUUGUCUUGUCAGUGUUUACAUUAUUGUUGUUGCAGUUGACUAAGAACAUAUUGUAAUUAAUGAAAACAUCUCAACACGAUGGAUUUAUCAACAAUUCUAGAUGUCAUAAUGAAUUUUGACCAGAUUUUCAGAAAAUUCAAUAAUAAUAAUAAUAAUAAUUGAAAAAGCAUUAAUAAUAAUUUUUGUAUAAUAAAAAUAAAAAAAGACGUCCUAGAAUAAUGAGCUCGGAUGCAGCCACUGUUAUAGGUAAUUUAAUGUAUAUCUGUAAGCAACGAUAAACCAUUGCUAACGUUUUUCAAAUUUGCAGGGAAAACUUAUGGGAAAAUCGAAAAAUGACCUCUUCAAAGUACCUCACUAAUGAAAUUUCCUUUUAGAAAAAGUGCUAUCAUUGUAAAUCGGCGCAAAAUUGUUGGUAGAAAAUUUGUUUAUAGAAAAAAAUAAUCGUAAUAUUUUACCAAUGUAUUUUCUAUAUUUUCCCGUUUUUUCUCAAUUUUUCACGAUUUUUCCCAUUUAUUGGAAAAACUCCUGGGAAAAUCAAGAAAUGACCUCCCCAAGUUACCAUAGAGAUAAAAUUUCCUUUUAGAAAAUAAACUACGUUUGAUAUAUCGGAGCAAGAUUGUUGAUAGACAAAUUUCCACAACAAAUCGAAGGGUAUUUGCGAUUAAAAUAGUCCGAGCGAGCAAUAGUUUGAGUCUCUAGGUACAUCCAAAAUGCAUUCGUUUUUUCCCUGUUUCGAUAAAAGGGGAAAAAAUAAUUUUUUUUUCUAAACACAGUCUCGAACUCGUGAACCCUAGGAUGAAAAUAGGCAUGUAUAAUAACAAUUCAGCUACGAUAAACAAGCUUUAGAGAAGAACGGGAGUUUUACCUUCCCGAUAUCAACGUUUUGAUUGGAAUAAUAUUAAUUUUGGUGAAAACAUCGUAAACCAAAAAUUAAAAACAAUGAAUACUUUUUUUAGAAGUAAAUUUCUUUCGGAUAUUUCCCAAUUUUUUUUAUCGAAAACUUCUCGGAAAAUCAAAAUAUGAGCACUCUAAUGUAUUUACUAGAAGUAAAUUACCUUUUUGUAAAGGCGCUACACUAUACAUUGAAGCUAGAUUUCUUUCAGAAAAGUUAGUUACAGACCAAAAAAGCACACACCAUAGUAAAACUAAUAGAUCCCUCGCUGUGCUCGGAAUCUAGAACAUAAUUUUUCCGAGUCGGUAAAUGGUAAUUACCGUUUUUUCUCAGUGUUCGGUUCUGUUGGAAGUUACAUUCUGGUUCAAAAUGUAAUAUUACGACUAUCUGUAAUCUGUUAUCUAACACAUAAUAUAAUAAUUAAUUAACACCUUGUUAGUGUAAUAUUAUAUUAUAUUGGUAAAUGAUUGUCUCAUCCGAUCCGCAGUUAAACUCUCGUCUACAUUACGACCUUCGGUCUAGAUAAUAUUUUUCAGCGCGCCAACAUUAACUUUAUUAUAAUAAAGUGUUGAUGGUCCACGCGAACUAUAUGGAAAUGAAUGGAAUAGCGAUUCGAUUUACUAUUCCAUCAACUAAUCAAGUAGUCAAUAUUGGGGCACAUAAUCGAAAUCCCGUCAACUAUGUAACCUCAUCAAAUCGCAUCCCAAAAGUUCGGCCCUCUCGGAUUUUUACUCGUCGUAAUCAAAAUAAUAAUAAUAAUAAACCCGCGGUCGCGGUGCAGUAGAAACUGUUCAAGAUAACUACUCGAGUGUUGUACAUUUUUUUUUUGGAAAAGUCUGAGCCCAGAUUUCGAUGUCCACACCAUUUCGGUACUACUAUGCUUAACCUCGCGCGCCACUGUCUUUUACAAAGCCGUUUAAAGUCAUUCAGCAUUCCAUAAUAAUUGAUUUUUUUUUUUCACGUUCUACUUGCAGUUACGUCGAAGACGACCCAGUAUCCGGUUUCUGGUCCUGGCUGUUCGUGCUGUCCAAAUUGCCCGAACUCGGUGACACGAUAUUCAUCGUGCUCCGUAAACAACCCCUGAUCUUCCUGCACUGGUACCAUCAUAUCACCGUGCUGCUGUACACGUGGUUCUCGUACCACGAGUUCACGUCGUCCGCACGGUGGUUCAUCGUCAUGAACUACUCGGUGCACUCGAUGAUGUACACGUACUACGCAGCCCGGGCGAUGGGCUACAGGCCGCCCACGCAAAUAUCUAUGUUCAUCACGGCCAGCCAGCUAACGCAGAUGAUUGUCGGGUGCUUUAUUAACUACACCACGUACGGUUACUUGAAGGCGGGUGGCCCGCAGUCGUGCCGCGUGUCCAAGCUGAACGUCACCCUGUCGUCCGCCAUGUACUUCAGUUACUUUGUGUUGUUCGCCCAGUUCUUCUACAACGCGUACAUCCUGAAAUCCAAGGGCGGUCGUGGCGGGGCCAUGAAGAAGGCGUCCAAACAACACUGA